AUGGAUGCGGUCUCGCACGACUGCGCAAAUGCUUCUGUGGAUGCAAACGAUGAUGUCCGUCACGCCUUCCUGCUCCCUCCAGAACUGAAGGCCUGGGUUCAGUCAUUGCUUCCUGGUUUGCAGACGCACUUGCGGCACGUGAGAGAUCAUCCGAAACGUGAGUUUGAUUGCUUGACAUCGCAUUCUACGGUCCUCUUUUUGCAACGCCUUGAGAACAUGCUAAUCAAAGACCGCAUCAUCGCCGUCUCAGAUGUGCAAUGCCGACCGACAUCUCGGAUCGGGCAACUCUCGCCGUUGAGACGAAGAAGCAGAGAAGGCCAAGGACGGCAACGAGAAGCGAGCAGGUAG